AUGACGGUGCGGAGAUACCCCCCCUCUCCGGAGCAGGGGGGGUCAGUUUUGAUGUGUACCUGUAUUGAAGCGAACUUGUUUGCAGAGCCAACGACCUCCAAUACUUAUACAACCCCACCAUUUGUUCCAGCCAUUGAAGGACCUCUCAUUAAUAAUGGAAGACAAUUGUAUCACACAUUGACUGUUCGACCCUAUUACAUUAGACAAGUGGCUUCCUCAUGCUUGACUCAAGCUACUUUUAUUACUUCCUUUGUGAUGAAAAAUUAUGAUAAUCCAAGCUUGACUGUUUUCUAUCAACUAAGUCUUCAUUAUGCUAUUGUUAGUCCAUCUCGUGUUCCAGCCAAGAGUUGGUUUUUCAAUGGAGCAAAUACUAACACUCCAAAUACUUGGGGUUUUGAUGACGUGAUUGGAUCCUAUGGUCUGACUUAUCCAGCAGUUGGACAAACUCUAGUGUUUGCAAAGGACGUCAAGCCAAGACUUCGUCAAGUGAUUGCUGACGCAGCCAACACAAUUCCUGCUGCAAAUAAGAACCCAGACAGAUGGUAUAUUCAAUCUGCAUAUUAUGGUCCUCAUGUUUGGGGUGGUCUUUUUACAACCUAUUUUGCCAGCAAUUUCAGGUUGGCUGAAAUGUGGUAA